AUGGAAAGUCCAAACUCCCCAGAGGGUGGAUGGGGCAUCGUGGUGGUCAUUGCCACCUUCUCUGUCAACGUGCUCUUUGGUUUGUUACGGUGCGGGGGCAUACUGUACGUCAGUUGGAUGAACGAAUUCGAUACCAAUGCGAGGGAGACAGCUGCAGUGCAAAGUAUUGCCACCUCACUGUGGUGCUUGUGCGGCCUCUUGGGUGCAGUUUUAAUCAAACGCUUCGGCUGCAGAAUUUCAGGAAUUCUUGGGGGAGUUCUGUCAUCUCUGGGAUAUUUUUGCAGCUACUGGGCGGAAAGCAUAUUUCACCUCUACGUCACAUUUUUCGUAAUAGGUGUUGGUGUCGGAAUUUCGUACAACUCCGGCAUGGUUGCAGUAGCUAUGCACUUCGACAAGAAGUACAAGACGGCCAAUGCGGUGGCCUUCUCCGGAAUAGGUACGGGAAUAAUGGCUGCGCCUCCGAUCUUUCAACUCCUCUUAGACCGCUACGGCUGGAGAGGAACUCUUCUCAUCAUCUCGGCAAUUAUGGCUAAUUCUAUUGCGUGCGCUGCUCUUUUCAGGCCCCGGCGCAGAAUUGAAUCGCCCGUAGUCGAAAAACCGAAUGACGAUGACGGUCAAGAAGAUUUGGAGAUUGUUGAGGAAGUACCCGAGAGACAGGCAAGUGCAUCUAAUGCAGAUGGUAGGGAGGUGAUCAUCUCCGAAACAAUUCUUGAUGGUGAGAGAUCUUCCUUUGAUUCAGGAUUACACGAAGAGCGAGAUGAAGCUUGCUACACGUCCACUGACCAGACAGGCCGUACUGAUUAUAUGCUCCUCAAGGACUCAAGGGGAUUGAAACGCGGUGCAAGACUGUUACACAGAGUGGCAUCUGUACUGGGGAUCACAGUUUUGCUGAAAAGCUAUCGGUUGCUCUUGUUAUGCUUUCUGUCCCUUGAGUUCAGCCUCCCAUACAUUUCGUUCCCGUUAUUCAUCAUUCCUCGUGCUGAGAGCAUCGGCGUGGAGCCUUCUCGUGCUGCCUUCCUGCUCAGUUUCCUAGGCAUCGGGAGUCUACUUGGCCAGCUGGGCAACGGACUGCUGCUCAGCUGCCGGUUGCCAGCCGAAUUCGUGCUGGCUGUGUGCCUGGCCGUGGCGGGUGUUUCGUUGCUUCUCACGAACUUGGACGGCUACGCGUAUCUUGCUGUCACUUCCUGCCUGCAGGGCUUCACCAACGGGGCCUUCUUCCCUAUAGCUUCCGUUGCCAUUCGGCGUUUGGUCAAGUUGGAGGAGUUCGCUGUCAGCACGGGAUGGUUCCACAUAUUUGUUGGCAUAGGUCAUCUGCUUGGACCGCUUAUAUCAGGUAUGUGA